AUGGCCGGGCGUCCAUGGUGGAAGAUCAGGUGGUUUGCGGAUUCAGAUUCACCCGAAGAGAGGAAGCUGAUUGUCAAGCUCGACCUUCUCAUCGUGCCAUACGUCUUCCUCGCGUAUUGGGUCAAGUACAUUGACCAAUCCAACCUCAAUAAUGCGUACGUUUCGGGAAUGAAGGAAGACCUUGGGUUCUACGGCAACGAGCUCGUCCAGUUUCAGACAAUGUACACUGUUGGAGCCGUCGUUGGCCAGCUCCCCUUUAUGUUUCUGCUCACUCAUGUUCCGCUCUACUGGUUGAUCCCGGCCGUCGACGUCUUGUGGGGCAUCUUUACCCUUAUUCAGUUUCGCGCGACCAGCUAUUCUGAACUCAUGGCCUACCGAUUUUUCGUUGGGUUCUUUGAGGCUGCCUUCUAUCCGGCCGUUCACUACAUGUUCGGAUGCUGGUAUCGGAAGGACGAGAUCUCCCGCCGCGCCGGGAUCUUCUACAACGGCACCACUCUGGGUGUGCUUACCGCGGGCUUAAUCCAGGCUGGAGCAUCAGCACGCCUUCACAAUGUGCAUGGCCUUGCUGGCUGGCGGUGGAUGUACAUCAUUUGUGCCCUCAUCACGAUCCCAGUUGGUAUCCUGGGUGUCUUCGUCAUUCCUGGCACCCCGGUCAUGCCCAACCGCUUUGUUUUGAAGCAGGCCGACAUUGACCGCUCAGCCUCACGGCUCAAGGCGGCUGGUCACACGACAUCUGGCAAGUUUCAAUGGAAAUCUGUUGUUCAAGUCAUUAGGAAUCCAAUCUUCUGGGCACUCUUAACAACCAUGACCUUGUUCUGGAACUCGGGAGGAUCACAGGGGAGCGGAGCCUAUUUGUUGUGGCUCAAGAGCUUGAACCGCUACUCCACGGCGAGACUCAACGAACUCGGCACACUACAGGCUGUCUGUGGCAUCUUCUUUGUUCUAGCGACCGCCUUUGCCUCUGAUCUGCUGAUUGGUCCUGUAUGGGCCCUGACAGGCGGCCAUAUCUUCAAUAUCGUCGGCUUGUCCAUCCUACUUAAGUGGGAUGUGCCCGAGGGAGCCAAAUGGUUUGCUUUCAUGACCAAUUUUUCAGCAGCUGCCACGUCCACCGUCGUCUAUGGCUGGGUGAACCAUGUCAUGCGGCACUCUCCGGUUGAGCGAGCCAUCACCCUCAUUAUCGGAACUGCUUGGGCACAGUCAUCCACGGCUUGGGUCUCCCUUUUCACUUAUCCCACAGUAGAGGCUCCGAGAUUCACCAAGGGCUUUGCCUUUGGCAUCGCCAUGUCAACCACUUUGAUCUUGAUAUCGCAUCCACUGAGUUGGUGGAUCAAGUCCCGCGAGUAA